AAAUGGUUUAGGUGAAGGGAAUCGGGUAAAACUGCGCACUUUUAACCACCUUUUAGGAGGAGUUUUGGUUUUUACGGUAAAAAGAUGAAAAGCAAAGGGAAGAAUCAACUUUAGUUUCUUGGUUUAUAGUAAACUUGACUUUAACUUGCCAUCUAUAGUGAUAGAUACAUUGGUAAAUGACUUUACUCUUUAUGUUGGUCGAGAUUUUUUCGUCUUUUUCGGAUUCUUUUGUAUAAUUCAACUUAACAUGGCUUUGCCGAAAUUCAAUUCAUUUUCAAUUCGGAGUUUACUUAAUGAGAUUGACAGUGACAAUGAAAGUGAAUCAACACCCUUUUCACCCAAUUUGGAUAAGACCUCAGUCAUUACCAACAGUGAGCCCAAUGGGAUUGAAAGUGUAACAAAGUGUUCAACUUCGGAUGUAAAUAGUGAUCUGGACAACAUUGUUAAUAUGAAGAGCUGCCAUUCAUCAAAUUCAUCAAAAGGUGUAACUUCGUCUAAACCAGAAGUAAACUCUAAUAGUGAAAGUAACUCUGCCAAUAAACCCAAAUACAGUUACAAUGCAUUGAUAAUUAUGGCCAUUCAAAAUAGUCCAGAGAAAAAGUUGACCUUAAGUGGCAUUUACGAUUAUAUCACUGAAAACUUUCCUUAUUAUAGAAGCAACAAGCAGGGUUGGCAGAACUCGAUUCGUCACAAUCUGUCUCUUAAUAAGUGUUUCAUUAAAGUUCCCAGGAAUUAUGAUGAUCCUGGUAAAGGCAAUUAUUGGAUGUUGGAUCCAAAUGAAUCUGAUGAAGUGUUCAUUGGUACUUCUUCCGGCAAGUUGAGAAGGAAAAACAGUUCAAGAGCGAAACUCGCUCAAUCCUUUAGAAGGUCAAUCUUACAAAAUUAUGGUUCUUAUGGGUCACUGAAUCGGUUUCAAUUGUCAUCACUUUCACCUUACAGACCAACAUUCACCAAUCCAUUUGCCAACUGUGGUCAACCCAUGAAUGCAUUUUACUUCCAGUCAUGUUUAUUUUCACCCAAAUAUUGUAAUAAGUGAAUAUUGUAAAGAAUAACAUUCAAAUUAUUGUGUAAUUCUAAUUCUUGUAAAUUCUGUUUCAAAUUUAAUAAUAAAUAGCAAAUCUUU